AGACUGGGGACGUGACCACGAACAACAUGAAUAACUCCCCUUGAGUCGCAUACAGGGCCUGGGAGAUAUGCCUCUUAGAAUUUUCGUUCAGUGUGUAGAAACCCGUUCGAGGAUUCGGUCGGUACAAGAUUGCGGUGCCGUGUGCUCCUCAAAUGUCGUCUUAUAAACUGUUAUGUAAAAUACGAACAUAAAUAAAUGAUUCAGUGUCAAUGACCCGAUCGUGAUGAGAAGAUUGGUGGUGAAAGAAAAUUUUUGAAAGUGAUAAUUCCGGGCCUUUUUCUUAAUACCCCCAAAGUGCCAAAGAAAAAAAGAAAUCAACAAUUGCCAUCCGGAGAUUUCUUCAGCCUCCUUGCCAACCUUCUUCACUUUGGAAUCAGUCAGCCAAGUCACAUCUUCUCUUUCGCGUGGUGUUUGGUUGACGUGUGUGUGUAUUAGUUUUUGGUGCCGCCGCCACCGGAGGGGCCCCACGGCUCCCCGCGACGCUUCGCUCGGACGUCCAGAAGCGCCAGCGAAUCGCUGUGGCAGCCACGGGAGACGUUCUUCACACACUUAUAUUCAACAAAGACUGUCAAACAAACCAAACCGUUGGAGUGACCGAGAUUGCCUGAACGUUAGGGUUUUUUUUAAUUAAUGUGAAAAAUGCUGUGUAACCUGUGUGUGUUUCUGGUAAAUGCGAAGAAGUGAAUGGAUGUGGCAGCGGAGGACCCUAGAGUGUUUUCUAGUGGUCCUCCUUGUGAUUCAUGCAGCUAGAAUCUCACUGGGUGCUGCACUACCCACAACGGAUGCAUCCACAGCGGAUGAAGUUAUUGCAAAGCACACCCUUGAUUACACAAUCUUCACGGUGCGCGACAGAAUGCCAAAAUUCUGGAGGUUUCGUCUGCAAAAUACUUCGGUGCAGGAUACACCACAUAAUCUCCAGCGGCAUCAAAUGCGUCAGGUGUUUAUGUUUGGUGACACCGAAGCCGGGAGUGGUACCAUCCUAUCGCGUACAUAUCGUAGUGUUGCAGAACGUCGUCGAAGACGACGUGGAGAUACAAAGGAUCCCAAAAAUGUCCUUGAACGCAAUCAGAGGUCAGCCAAUUUAUCCUAUGCCAUGGGAUCCGCAAGAAAAAUUCAACUUUUCAUUAAGAAUCGCUACCUCCAACUCUUGCCAGAUGGAACAGUCAACGGGACACAAAACGUCCACAGUGACUACACCAUUCUCCAGAGAACGACUGUCGAUGUGGGCAAGAUUAAGAUCCAAGGCGUCGCAACUUGCCUAUAUCUCUGCAUGGAUAUGUGCGGAGGAAUUUAUGCUUCGAGAAAAUUUACGGAUGAUUGUGUCUUCAAUGAGACCAUGGAGGAGCAUCAUUUCAACGCAUACUCCAGCACAUAUAACUCAAAUGCCCAGCGUGUCCUCUAUCUGGCCAUCAAUCGGCACGGGCAACCACGGAAAAUGUGGAUCCCACCCACAAGAACACUGGGGAAUCUCACAAAGUAUACCAAUUCUCUCACACAUCUUGUGGACCCAAAACGAGUAGAGGAGCUCGUAUCGCGUAUCUUUGGGCCCAACCACGUACGCCAUGGGUUGAAGCAGCUCUGUGACUCCGGGAAGGCUAUCAAUGCCCAAGAGGUGCCAAUGGCACCACGACCAAAGUGCAAUAUGGGUGGACGGAAGAAGCCCCUAAAGGGGGGUGGUGGCACAAAGUGCACAAAGGGGCACGAAUGUGGGAAGCGAAGAAAAUGCGAAGGGGGUAAGAAGUGCAAUCCAGGAAGUAAGAUGCGGCUAAAGGGGAAGAAUAAGAAGCAACGUAUUAAGGAAUCUGAGCAGCAGACAACAACAGAGGCGGAAGAUAUCGAAGAUAGAACGUUCAUCUUUGAUGAUGAUGCCUGAGACAAGAAGGUUAAAGAAAUUGGGAGUUAUGAAGAACUUCUCUUUUUCUUACUCUUUACCUGUCAAUAUGUGAUGCAUGUGGCCUUCUGAAUUUCCUCUUAUUAGUUGGUGUUCCACUUCGUGGCCAACACCAAGUAUUUUGUAUGUUGUAUCCCGCCUCAGUCAGAAAAUGUAUUUUUUCACCCUUUCCUAGCAUCCUAUUAUUAUUAAGUUCCCAGUGCAAGCUAGUUUGCCAUCCCUUUAGGAUUAUCAUUUUUUUUUCAUAUGAAAAAAAAGUUUAACAAGCCCUAGUUAGUCGUCUAUUUUAAAAUGUAGAAACUCCGUCCAUGAGACACAAAUGAAAUCAUUUCCAUUAUCUUUGACAUCACACAAUAUUUUAUGCAUUUUAUCGCAAGGGGUGUGUUAUUGUAAUGUACAAUUGCAACUCAAUGUUGGAGAAAAAAAUAAAUGAGCAAAAAUAUGGAGAAUUUUAAAAUAAAACUCCUGAACAAA